CUCUCUGGUUGCUCUCUCUCUCUCUCUCUCUCUCUCUGCUCUUAGACCAGCGAUGAAAAGAUAGCGGUGCAUACCAGCUUCUGACUGCAAUUUCUAACUAUUUGGGAUCAGAUUCAGAAGAUGUUACAGUUGAAGAAAAGAUAGAUCAAGUAAUCGAUUAGCAUUUUGGAGAGGGGACUUGGAUAAUUCUGGGAGUGGAUUUUACAUCCAAAGUAAUAGAAGAGCUGGACGUCAAUGUUCUAGGAAGAAACAAUGAAAAGAAAAGGUGGACCACAUAGCAAGGAAUGUGAGAAACCUGCCAAGAUGGUUAAGAACAAUCAAAUAUGCAAUCCAACAAGACAGUCAACAAAAAUGGCAAGAUUAGAAAGGAGAAUCAAACUUCAAGCAAAGAAAAUGAGACAGCUUUCGAUCAUAAAUGGAGAAGUGCCAGACCGCGCAACUAUACUAGAAGAACAACUUUUAAUCCAUGUGAAGGACAAAGCUAAAGAGGCAAGGCUGUAUCGGAAAAGAAAAAUGCAAAGCAAGAGGGUUGCAGAAACAACGACAGAAAAUGAAGCAAUGAUUGGCCAGGCUGGUAAGACUACAAGGACUAAAAGUAACAAAAGGUGUACUACAUCAAAGUCAAGGAGAAAGAAAAAAACACCAGAUAUGACAUUGGAAAGGACUGAUAUGGAAAUUUGGAACUUCGGAGAACCAAGCUGCAAGUGUGAACGAUGUGGUGCAAUUUUCUGGUACGAAGAAACAACUUCAGGUAGAGCGAGAAGGAUGCCAUCUUUCAGACUAUGUUGCCAACAGGGCAAGGUCGAUUUGCCACCAUUCAGAGAGCCGCCGGCUUACCUUACGAAAUUGCUAAGGAAAGACAACGGAAAGAGGUCAAAAAACUACAUGCAAAAUAUCAGAUUGUACAACUCCAUGUUCGCUUUCACAACAAUGGGAGGAAAGGUAGACACAGAAAUAAAUAAUGGCGGUGGUCCUUAUGUUUUUAGAAUGAAUGGGCAAAACUACCACAGAAUAGGUACUCUACUACCUGAAGGUGAAGAUAAACCACGCUGGGCACAGUUGUAUAUCUAUGACACCGAAAAUGAGGUAAAAAACAGGAUUAAUGCGUCAACAUCAGAAGAUAAAAGGGAGUCGAUAGAUCCUCACAUCGUCGAGGGCCUUAAAAAUAUGCUGGAUAGAAAUAAUAUACUUGCAAAAACAUUCAGAAUGGCAAGGGACAGAUUCGAAGAAGGUGACUAUCACAACGUGAGAUUAAAACUAAUCAAUAAGCGACGCACAGAUGUAAGACGGAAUGACAUGCCAUCUGCAACUGAAGUUGUAGCAUUGAUUGUGAAUGAUACGGCAGAAAAUAGAAAAGGACGGGAUAUCAUUGUUCAGUACAGAGACACAAGGCCGAGAAGAAUAUCAGAGAAGCAUCCAAAAUUCAUGGCUAUGCAGUAUCCACUAUUGUUCCCCUAUGGAGAAGAUGGGUACAGAGAAAAUAUACCCUACAUAUUAAAAGAAGGUGCAAAAUGCAAGAGAAAGCAUGUAACAAUGCUGGAAUACUAUGCGUAUCGUAUACAACAACGUACUAACCAAUCAAUGCACUUGCUGAUGUGUGAAAAGCUUACAUUGCAGUUCAUUGUGGAUGCCCUUGCAUGCAUUUUGCAGUAUAGGCUAGACUGGAUCAAAACACAUCAAGGAAACCUAAGAACGGAAUUAUAUGCUGGCUUGCAGGACACAAUAGAUAGAGGAGAUACAAGGGCUGACCAAGUAGGAAAGAGGAUACUACUGCCAUCCACCUUCACAGAUAGCCCUAGAUACAAGGCACAAAACUUCCAAGAUGCUAUGGCAAUAUGUCGGUGGGCUGGAUACCCAGACCUAUUUGUGACAUUCACGUGCAACACAGCUUGGCCGGAGAUUCAAGCUAUGCUACAGGAAGUAGGCCAAACAGCAUAUGAAAGACCUGAUAUUGUUGAUCGAGUGUUCCACAUAAAGCUCAAGGAGUUCAUGAGAGACAUAAGAGAAAGGGGAUACUUUGGAAAAACACUUGCAAUUAUAUACACAAUAGAGUUCCAAAAAAGGGGCCUCCCACAUGCCCACAUAGUCAUAUUCCUCGACAAAAAGGAAAAGAAACACAAGUAUCCUGAACCACCAGAGGUUGACAGGGUAACUUGUGCAGAGAUCCCAGACAAGGACAUUGAUCCAGAAGGAUAUGCAGCUGUUGAAAACUACAUGAUACAUGGGCCAUGUGGUGCAGCCAACACAAAGUCACCAUGCAUGGUCGAUAACAGAUGUAUGAGAUGUUAGACCUUUGAACCUGAGCAUUGAUAGUUGUAGAUGACACUAG